AUGUUCAACAAGAUUUUUCAACGCAGACUGGUCAGGCUCAAGGCCUCGGGACCACCCAGCGCGCCCAGCUCGGAUAUCGUCGAUGAAGCUGCGCAUGUCCAGAUCCCAGACGCUCAAGCAGGUUGGCCACCCGGACCCACGACGGGGGCCGACCCUGGCAGGGAUGCCAAGACAGGCGCACUCAACGUGCUCGACUCGCAGGCCUACCCGACCAUUCUCGACAACAUAAUCCAGCUGGCCCCAUACAGCUCCCUCUUAUUGCUGCGCGCCACCAGCCACUCGACGCGGCGGCGCGUUGACGCACGCCUCUGCGCACACCUCGUCAUCAGUGAGCCGAAAGACGAUCGAGAGGUAGGACACCACUUUUACACUAUGACGGCGCCGAAGCGGUAUGGGACGCGAGACAAUCUCCACUUACACACUAUCGCGGCGCAGAAGUGGUGUGAGCCGGUACACAAUCUUCGUAUCCCCGGCUUCGCGUUCCAUGAGGCCUCGGUGGACUACCACAUCGACUGGAUUUCCUGGUUCGAAUGGAACAAUUCCGACCGACGGAUCUCUCCUUUUAAGCCGAUGGGGGGUAAGGAAGCCGGACGUUCUGAGCCUCGCGUGAACCGCGCCAAGGAAUGGUGCAAUGAGGCCCUCAAGACCACGAAGGUCCUCGACAUCGAAGGCAACGUGUCGGCCGCGCUCGAACACCUCCGCCUGAACCCCCAUACCGUGCGUGCGUUCCCGGAUAAGUAUGAGCAGAUGUACGACGUAAAUAUCUCCUGCCACAACCUCCUCCUCGACAUCUCCCUCCAUAACAGGUACCAUUGGAGGGAAGGCAACACGUUUCUGAACCUGGCAUCCAACCGGGGUCCGCUCGCACUGAUCUCGGCGUACCCGUGGGACGUGCGCCGCUUGACCUUGUGGGUGAGAAUCUAUGCACACUCGCCACACGAGGGCCAGGUAAUCCGGGGGUUCGUGCCAUACUACGGCCUGCGGGACGUUGUGGUGGUCCUGAAACACUACAACGAGAACACGCCAGAGGCGAUACCACACAGUCGCCCGUGUGGUAUUCUUGCAGACAUGAUUGAGAAACUUGUUCCCAACCUCGCAACCACGCGGCUGACGGUUGUGGGAAUCGACCCGGCCUCUAGCCUGGCUCUUGGCGUUGCGAAAGUGGCAUUCAGGCCCGAUGAGGAUAUGGCCAAGAACAAGACGGCCGACGGAAGGACCCAGUCGUACCAGUCCUGGUACUGGGACGAACUGUGCACAAUCUUGAGGGACAAGUUCCUGGAUAUGGUCGCGGAAAAGGUACGUAAGUACCACGGCCUGGAGUGGAUGGAGCGCUUUGCCAACGUGCGGGCCAUGGACAGCCAGGAAUGGGAGGCCGAGGCGCGGGCGAGCGGGAAGCCGUGUGACACGACUCUGGAGACGACGUUAUCAACAUGA